AUGGUUGCUGGUAUCAAGUUCCUGCUCGCGGCUCUCUUGCCUGUCGCUUUUGCCUGCAAUGGCUACACUGGUGGUGUUCCCAAGGCUGUUGGCACCAAGACCAACAGCAAGGUGAUCACUGUCAAGGCCGGUCAGACUUUCGACGGCAAGUGGAACCGUUACGAUCGCGGCGCUGGCGCCUGUAGCGGUCAGACCGAGGGAGGUAAGGCCGACGCCGUUUUCCUGCUCGAGGCCGGUGCCACCUUGAAGAAUGUCAUUAUCGGCAAGAACCAAGCCGAAGGUGUCCACUGCGAUGGCCACUGCACCCUCGAGUACGUUUGGUUCGAAGACGUCUGCGAGGACGCCAUCAGCAUCAAGAACGACAAAGCCGGCUCUCAAUCCUGGAUCAUCGGCGGUGGUGCCUACCACGCCUCCGACAAGGUCGUCCAGCACAAUGGCUGCGGAACUGUCAACAUCAUCAACUACUAUGUCGAAGACUACGGCAAACUCUACCGCAGCUGUGGUAACUGCAAGUCCCAAUGCAAGCGCAACGUUUACAUCGAGGGUGUUACUGCCAAGAACGGUGAUCUGCUCGUUGGCAUCAACUCCAACUAUGGCGAUACUGCUACUAUCAAGAACACUUGCUCGGAUGCAAAGACCAAGUGUCAGAUGUUCAAGGGUUGUGCUGGUGGAUGCGAGCCUGCUAAGGCUGGACUUUGCUCCGGUUAG